CUUUUAACUACAAAAAGAAGGGUAAGGGCGUAACUAAGGCACACAAAAAUCAAAAUGGGAGAAGAGAGCUCAGUAAAGUUACAUGGAACGUGGGUAAGUCCUUAUGUGUUAAGAGCCAAACUUGCCCUCAAAAUUAAGGGCAUAGAGUUUGAGUUUAUUGAGGAAGAUCUAGCUAACAAAAGUGAGCUUCUCUUGCAAAAUAACCCAGUGCAGAAAAAAGUCCCUGUUCUUGUGCAUAAUGGGCUACCUAUCGUGGAAUCAACGAUCAUCCUCGAAUAUAUCGAUGAGACUUGGACUCAACCCCCGCAUCUCUUGCCUAAGGAUCCUUACCUAAGGGCCAAACACCGCUUUUGGGUCGCCUACUUAAAUCAGGUAUCAGAAUUAUUGGGUAAAAUAGUUGAAGAAGAAUUACAAGGAAAAGCAACAGAGAAGACGAUGAACGAGUUGUGGAAGAAGCUGGACGUGGCUGAAGAAUUAAUGAAAGCUGAGAUGUUCCCAAAUGGCUGUCCAUGUUUCCAGGAUGUGAAACCCGGAUAUUUAGAUAUAGUGCUGUAUUCCUUCCUUGGAACCAUUGAUGUCGUGGAAGAGUUCUUUGGCUAUAAGUCCUUCAAUACAGAAAGGUACCCGCUACUAGUGUCUUGGACUAAGGCACUCAGUCAAGUUCCUGAUGUUAAAGACGCGGCCCCACCAAAGCCUAAGCUCCUUGAGCUCCUCCAUGGUAUGCGGCACAAGGGUACCCGCUACUAGCGUCUCGGACCAACCCUUACAUGAUCAAUAUGUUAUCACUUUUCCUGAUGCCAAAGACUUUUAAAUUAAGUACAGUACAUAUAUGGUUUGUAGAAUAAAUUAACUACUAUAGUAGUACUGUAACAAAUCGUUUAGUAUCUCAAUCAAUCAUAUAUUUCCUCA